AUGGCACCUCCGAGCGGGUCGGCGACGUACAAGAAGAAAGAUGGCACCUUGACCAUGUCCCAAGACCACCAGUCGGUCUCGUGGAUUCCCGCGGCUGGUGGUGCUUCGGGGACCAUUACGUUGCCUGUUGGCCAUAUCACAAAUCUGCAACAGACGCCCGCGAGUAAUCCCAAAGUCAUGCUGAAGAUCUUCGUGCAGCCUCCGAACGCCAGCGUCCCCGAACAAUACGUAUUUUCCUUCACAGCCGGCGCCAACGCGCGCCCCGAGGCUGACGCCAUCAAAGACGCCCUCAGCUCCGCCAUCCAAGCCACAAAAACCGCUCCGCAGCCUUCAGGUAGCACACCCACACCCACCCCCGGAGGAACUCCCGCACCACCACCCCGCGAUGGCAGCAUGUCCGCGGCCAUGGCCAUGGCGAACGCCGUCUCAGCAGGGACGGGUCGCAACGCCUGGGACGACGACAACCGUCUCAAAGCUGACGCAGAGCUACAGCAGUCGCUGUUACGAGCGGACCCGAAUCUCAAGCGGAUGUUCUUUGAAUCGCUCGACACGAAGCCCGAGUCGUUGACGACGGGCCAGUUUGCGUCGCAGUUCUGGUCGACGCGGUUGCAUUUGCUGCGGGCGCAUGCGAUCGAGCGGGGGCAGCUGCGGGGGUCGUACAAUGUGCUUUCAACGCUGAAGCCGCGGACGGAGGAGAAUGUGACAAAGCUGAAUAUUAGCAAGGAGCAGAUUCAGUUGAUUUUCAGUCAGCAUCCGCUUGUGAAGCGGGUGUAUGAUGAGAAUGUGCCCAAGUUGACGGAGCAGCAGUUUUGGUCGAGGUUUUUUCAGAGUCGGUUGUUUAAGAAGUUGCGUGGGGAGCGGGUUUCUGAGAAUGAUGCUACGGAUGCUGUUCUGGACAAGUAUCUUUUGGAAGAUGAGAAUGUUGGGCAGCGCGAUGCGCAUGUUCCUCAGUUUUUGAAUUUGGCGGGUAACGAGGUGAAUCAUAGCCAGCGACGGGGUAACCGACCGGAUUUGGAUAUGAGACCGUCAGGUGUGGACAAGGUGCCUAUUAUCCGGACACUGAACAGUCUGAGUGAGAAGAUUAUGGCUGGUGUUGCGCCGGCAGAUCGAGAUCCUACGGCCCCGGUAGGCAUGGACGAAGAGACGUAUAAUGAGUUACAGCUACGAGAUCUACAAGGCGACGAGGAGCAGGGCCGUGUCUUGUUGAACGUCCGGGACCAAAGCCGGUUCUUCACGCAAGCCAAGGACGCAGCAGAAGAGCAGAGCCGGUUGAUCUCACAGCAAGAUCCUGAAAAAGUACUCGGCGGUCUCCGCACGCAACUCCAGCAACAACUACCAGACGACGGCACCGCACAACUAGGCCGCCUAGUCCAACCAGACGAGGACGAGGACGAAGACGAAACCCGCUCCCGCCAACAAGUCGGCUCCAAGCCCAACCUCCACCAAGCCUCCGCCCAAAUCCUCAGCGCAAUCCGCGACCGCCGCGCCCAAACCGAAAGCUCCUCCACAGAAGGCACGUACGGCCUCACACCCCCACUCUAUGACCGCCUAACCCUCACCCACGCCACAAGCACCGAGUUCCUGCACCAGUUCUGGCAAGCCUUCCUAUCCGGCAACGCAGACCGCGCGGGAGAAGUCGCCUCGCUGGUGGAAUCGCUCAACCGCGCACUGCAGCGGAUCAAGGCCGUCGCUGCGGACGCGGAAGCUGAUCGACAGAAGGAGGUUGAGCGAUGGAAGCAGCAUGCGAGAGAUAUGCUGGAGAAGACGGGAAGGAAGAAGAGGUUGAAUCUGGCGGGUGUUGCGGGUGGGGAGAAGGUGGUGAAUCAGUUGUUGGGGCCGACGAUUAGAGCGUUGGAGAUGGCUUUGGGGAAGUACAAGGAGGCGUUGGCGGAGGAGAUGAAGGAUGCGCCCGCGCCUGCAUAG